CGUUUCCGGUUCAGCCCAGGAAGCUUUCGAGUGUAUCUGGCCUCCGCUUCCCUGAGCCGAUCAUUUCUCCAACGUUUCUCCAGGUCUUUCGGUGGCUGGGAAAGGUAGUUGCCAAUAAAGUUUCCCCGUUUCAAAGUCUAGCAGAUUGGGCCGGGCGCAUCCUCUGUCCCCUUGCUCACUGCCCGCAGUCUUUUAGGCUACAGGCAAGGAGUUUCAAGGCGUCAUGGCCAGGGGCCGGUCCGGCCCGGCCGGUCUGAGGUCAGCUUUCGUUGCCCGCGCGCUCUCACGGCUUUUGGUCCCCCCGGCGUCCGCCUCAGCGUGAGCGCAGUCCCUCCGCGCCCACGGACUGCCUUGCGCUGGACCCCAUGGCCUCCGAGGCUCCGUCGCCUUCGUUGUCGCCGUCGUCACCUCCCUCCCCUGAACCUGAGCUGGCCCAGCUAAGGCGGAAGGUGGAGAAGUUGGAACGCGAGCUGCGGAGCUGCAAGCGGCAGGUGCGGGAGAUCGAGAAGCUGCUGCAUCACACGGAGCGGCUGUACCAGAGCGCAGAGAGCAACAACCAGGAGCUCCGCACCCAGGUAGAAGAGCUCAGUAAAAUACUCCAUUGUGGGAGAAAUGAAGACAAUAAAAAGUCUGAUGUAGAAGUUCAAACAGAGAACCACCCGUCUUGGGCAGUCUCAGAUUAUUAUUAUCAGACAUACUAUAAGGAUGUUAGUCUUCCAAAUAAAGUGGCUGAACUCUCAGUUCAGCAAGAUCAGGAUAUCGAAGCUUCUACUUUUAAUUCUGAAGACCAGUCACAAAUAGAAAAUGAUGCUUACACUGGUACUGCUAUAACAGAACAUGUUAAAUGUGCAGAAGAGGACCAUUUUGCCUCAAAUUCAGAUUCACAGGAGCCAGCAUCUGUAUUAGCAGCAGAAGAUACAUCCUUAGAAGGUUCUUCAUUAGCUGAAAGUUUGAGAGCUGCAGCAGAAGCUGCUGUGUCUCAGACUGGAUUUAGUUAUGAUGAGAACACUGGACUGUAUUUUGAUCACAGCACUGGUUUCUAUUAUGAUUCUGAAAAUCAACUAUAUUAUGAUCCUUCCACUGGGAUUUAUUACUAUUGUGAUGUGGAAAGUGGUCGCUAUCAAUUUCAUUCUCGAGUUGAUUUGCAGCCUUAUCAAACAUGUGGCACAAAACAAAGUAAGGAUAAAAAAUUGAAGAAGAAAAGAAAGGAUCCAGAUUCUUCUGUAACAAAUGAGGAAAAGGAUUUGACUUCAGAAGAUCAAAAAACAUCCAGUGUUGAACAUAAAAGCUGCAGUGAGGGAGAAGAUUUUGCAAAUAUGAAAAAGAAGGCCAAAAUAGACAUUCAUUACAAAAAUAGUCCCCCCAAAUUUACUGUUCCAGUUAGCAGAAAGACUACAGAAUCUUCUCUUAAUGAAAACAUUUAUAAUUCGACGUCAUUUAAAGAUGAGAAAGUCAUGGAGACUGAUAGUGAGCCAGAAGAAGGUGAAAUUACAGACUCUCAGACAGAGGACAGUUAUGAUGAAGACAUUACCAGUGAAGACAAUGUAACUGCAGAAGAUAGUGAGGACGAAGAUGAAGAAAAAAUUUGGCCCCCAUGUAUUAGAGUAAUUGUUAUUAGAUCACCAGUAUUGCAGACAGGAUCACUUUUUAUCAUUACAGCUGUAAACCCUGCUACAAUUGGAAGAGAAAAAGAUAUGGAGCAUACUCUCCGAAUCCCUGAAGUUGGUGUUAGUAAGUUUCAUGCAGAAAUUUAUUUUGACCAUGACUUACAAAGUUAUGUCCUUGUGGAUCAAGGUAGUCAAAAUGGUACAAUUGUUAAUGGAAAACAGAUUCUUCAGCCUAAAACUAAAUGUGAUCCUUAUGUACUUGAGCAUGGUGAUGAAGUGAAAAUUGGAGAGACUGUACUGUCUUUUCACAUCCACCCUGGCAGUGAUACCUGUGACGGCUGUGAACCAGGACAGGUUCGAGCUCACCUUCGUCUUGAUAAGAAAGAUGACUCUUUUGUUGGUCCAACGCUAAGUAAGGAGGAAAAAGAGUUGGAAAGGAGAAAAGAAUUAAAGAAAAUACGAGUAAAAUAUGGUUUGCAGAAUACAGACUAUGAAGAUGAAAAGGCAUUGAAGAAUCCAAAAUACAAAGAUAGAGCUGGAAAACGGAGGGAGCAGAUUGGAAGUGAAGGGACUUUCCAAAGAGAUGAUGCUCCUGCAUCUGUUCAUUCUGAAAUUACUGAUAGCAACAAAGGUCGGAAGAUGCUGGAGAAGAUGGGUUGGAAAAAAGGAGAGGGCCUAGGGAAGGAUGGUGGAGGAAUGAAAAUUCCGAUCCAGCUUCAGCUUCGGCGAACACAUGCAGGCUUGGGGACAGGCAAACCAUCCUCGAUUGAAGAUGUUCACCUUCUCCAAAACAAGAGCAAAAAGAACUGGGAGAAAGCACGAGAGAGGUUUGCUGAAAACUUCCCAGAAACUAAAUCUCAAAAAGAUGUGCCAGGAACCGUCCCUUGGGUCAAAGGAACCAUAGAGUGAAGCCUGUUGGCACCCAGAAGUGAUGACCAGAAAAGCCAAGAGAGCCUGGAUGAACCGAGAACUGAUGAUUGGUAGAAUCCGAAGUCUGGAAGGGCUAGACUGAUCAAACUCCUUUAAAAAGGGAAGAUUUUUGCAGCAAACUGUCAUAUUCUCCAGACACUGACCCUUCCACGUCUGACCGCAUCAGAAAGGCAACUGCCACCGAAGGUCCUGCCCAGUUGAUCUCUGAACAUAAUAGAGAUCCUCCCCUGCUUGAACAUACUAAGCAGGAAGCACUGAGUGGACCCACACCGGUCGAGACCUCAUCUCAUCUGUGUGCUUGUAGACUGACUUUGCAUUGGGUUCAUUAACUUACCCUAUUUUAUCUUGUUUGUUAUGUGACUUUUAUAUUGUACUUUGUUUUGUGUGUUGUAUAUGAAGCCAAGGUAAAUGCGCAGUGAAAUGUCAUUGAGUUUGGAAUUCUGAACCUGCUUUUACAAUUAUGUUAACCUUGCUUUAUGAUUCAAUAAAGCUGACAUUAUGGAAAGACA